AUGAAGCGCCAGCAACAACAACCAAAGAUCAGCAGUUUCUUUAACAAGAAAGCGAAAACGACCGCGCCCGCGCCCGCUGCCGCACCGCCGGUCGUCGACCUGACAGCAGAGGACCCCGCCGAAACAACAGAACCCUGGCGCCCCGCGUUAGACCCGGCGACGGUGCCUGAAAACGCGCGCGCCGCACUCAAUAACGCACAUGACGCUAUGCCGGAGAGCGGCCAGCGCCCCCCGCCGCCAACCCGCGAGAACGGCCCGACGCCGAUGGCCAAGCAGAUCCAGCAGUUGAUACGCGACAACAAGGGCUGCUUCCUGGCCGUCGAGGUGGGCUACAAGUACAAGUGCUUCGGGACGGACGUGCCGAGGGCAGCCAAGACAUUGGGCAUCGGCUCCUGGAAGGACGCGCAACUGGGAGACAUGUGCACCUUUCCCACGGGCACCAUCGACGACAAAAUCAGACGACUGGUGAGGGACGGCCACCGCGUCGCGGUGGCGCGCCAGACCGAAAGAGCGGCUCUGCGGCAGAAGAGUGGGGGCACGUUCUCGCGGGCCGUGGACCGGGUCUAUUCCAGGGCGACUUUAGUGGGAGACGAGUUCGGAGAAGAUACUACUGAUGCCGCGUGGCUCGUGGCGGCGGUCGACACUGAGAGUACAAUGGAUCUGCUCGCAGUUGAUUUAAGGAGCCAGCGGCGCGCGGCCUGCGAGGGCGCGGACAAAGACAAAGCGGACGCUUUUGUGGCCGCGCACCCGCCGGCGGAAGCUUUAGUGGUUGGCGCGCGCGCGGAGCGAUUGAUGCGUUCGACGGACGCAAGCGUUGCGACUUUCGACACGGAGGGCGACGCCGAGGAACUGCUGCUGGCCUACUGCGAGGCCGCCGGCGUGGCCAGCGCCCUUGAACGUUGUUUAGAACGCGCUCCUUCAAGCACUGUGCCGAUGCGUUUGGACGCGUCCACGCUACGAGACCUCGAGGUCCUCGUCGCCUCCGACGGUUCGACGACGGGCGCGGCCGUCAGUGUAGUCGCGAGGCACGCCUCCACAAAAGCCGGCCGCAACUUGCUGCGGGACUGGUUCCGCGAGCCGCUUACUGAUAAAAGUGCUAUCGAAGCGCGGCAACAUGCGGCAAGGGCGCUCCACGACGACCAAGUGGCGGCGCUCACGCCGCUCGUCGAUUUGCUACUAAAAAAGGGCUCCGGCGACAAGCUCGCGAAGCGCGCCGACGGCGCGCGCGCGGCGCUGGCCGCGCGCCGCGCGCGGCCCUCGAAGCUCCGCGAGCUGUUGCUCGGGGCGCGGGCCGUGGCCGACGCUUUACCGGAGAACAUUUCGUCACUCCCGCCGGCGCUGGCCAUGUCCGAGGCGUCGGGUGUGAGAAAAGACGUGCUCGCCAAAACAAAUGCAGCUUUAGAACGCCUCGACGCGGACGCCUGCGCGGACGACGCCGGGCCCGCGACGGCGCUGUUGACGGCGGAUGAUGACGACGACGCCCUCGCGGUCGCGCGGCGCUCUUGUAGAGAUGCCGACGCCGCCCUGGAUGCGAAGCUCAAGGAGCUCCGCGUUACACUAAGGAAGCCCGCUUUGCAGUGGACGCACAUCAAUGGCGGCGCCGGCGGCCGCCAGGAGUUUCUGAUCGAGGCGACGCGAAGCGAGGCCGAGGGAUUUAUGAGGAGAGGUGCCAUCGAUGAUACCUGGCACGUCGCGUCGGAGACGCAGAAGGUGCGGCGGUUCGUGGCGCCCGGGGUGUCAGUGUUGGUCUCAAAUAGAGCCGUUGCCGUCGCCGAAGCCGACUUGGCGGCCGACGUGGCGUGGCGCAAAUUCGUCGCGGACCUCGACGACGAGCUCAGCGCUUCACUAAGAAAGAUUUUCGACGCCGUCGCAUUGAUCGACGCGACGCGGGCGCUGGGGCGUUUAGGUGGCGAGCCCGGCUGGUGCUGGCCGGCGCUCGGGCAAGAUCUGGACCUCGAGGCCUUCGCGCACCCGACGCUGACCGGAGACAUGGUGACGAACGACCUGAAGCUCGACGACGGCGCGUGCUUGGUGCUCACGGGCCCCAACGCGGGAGGCAAGAGUUCCGUCGCUCGCGCGGUCGCUCUCGCAUCAAUAUACGCGCAAGCGGGCGCGCCGGUCUUCGCGAAGAGAGCCGCGCUUCCCUUGCGGGACGCGGUCUUCACGCGCAUGGGCGCGGCCGAUGCGCUGGCCGCGGGGCGGUCGACGUUCCUCCACGAGCUCGAGCGCGCGGCCGUGGCGCUCGAGCACGCGACGGACAAGUCGCUCGUCGUGCUCGACGAGUUGGGACGGGGCACGGCGACGCACGACGGCGUCGCCGUCGCCGGCGCGGCGCUCGACGCGCUCGUCGCCCGCGGCUGCGCCACGAUCUUCGUCACGCACUACCACGACCUCGCCGCGAGCGCGCGGGCCGCGCGGCCCGGCAAGGUCGCGACCUACCGCAUGGCCUACGCCGCCGUGGGCGGCGGGACGCUCGACAUCGAAUCGGAGCUCGUCAUGCUCUACAAGCUCGUCGAGGGCCUCGCGGACGAGUCCUUCGGCCUCCACGCGGCGAAGGCUGCCGGGUUGCCCGACGCGGUCCUGCGGCUCGCCCAGGCGAAGCGGGAGGCGCUCGAGUCGUCCUAA